GCUGCUGUCUUGUUUGCUCAAAAUGGAUUCCCUGCAGAGUCACACAGUCACUCAUCUGACCUGAUGCAAUAAUCUGAAGUUGUCCAAAGCAUCCAGCACAGGACUUAAAUUCUGGACAGACUGCUUCAGAUCCACAUCUACAGUCACCCUGUAGGUAGCAGCACUACUGUGUGUGUGUGUGUGUGUGAGUGAGAGAGAGAGACACUGCUCUCCAACCAACAACAUGCUGAACAGAACCAAGAAGUUUGGAGGUCAGGAUGCUUGGCUCAGGAACAGGAACGUCACCUAUUUGGCCAAGAUUGCCUUUGUCCUCCAAGCUGCUCCAGACAAGAUGCUCACCUUUAUUCAGUUGAUGGACAGAAUAACACCUGUCAUCAGUGAAGACAAAAAAUUACUUGGGAACAACAUCAGAGUCUGUUUAUCGACUCACUCGUGUUUUGUCAAGAUUCCAGUCAACACAAAAGCAUUGCCCAGUAAGAGAAACUACUGGAAACUGGACUCCGGUCAGAUCACAACAAAGAUGGUGCGUCGUCACUUCAAAGGAAUCCUGCAGCUCUUUCCUGAGUUGGCCUCCAAAGUGGAAACAGAAGAAAGGAACGGAUCUUCAGAGGCCGCCUCAGCUCCCCGCUCUCCUGAACCUGCGGCCUGCAAAGCCGUUCAGAUCAGAUGUGAGGCCAAGUUCAGCAGUCCUUUCUCCAUCGAAUCCCUCCUGAAGAGAGACAGUCCCUGUGAUCGGCCCUCCAGACCUUCUCCGCUCUCCAGUGUGCAGGUCAGAGUGGAGCAGCAGCCUCGGCUCACACACGGACAGGUCGGAACGAAGAGGCCUCAGCUGGGACAAAGCUGGGACAGAGAGGAAGCUGGAAGUUCUCCCAUCUGCUCAACAGGUGGCAGCACAUACACUCCUAAUGGCGCAGCAAAGACCAUCAAGAGAGUGCAGAUGUGUGCAGAACUCUCAUUCCCCAACUACACAAGAGCUGCUCCUUAUUACACCAGCCCACACAGCGGUUACAUCACUUAUUCCCAUGAUCCUCUCUGUUUUCGAUUGUGACAAAGUUUUUCCUUUGUCAAAAUUGCACUUUUGUAUGGUUCAAUGUUUUUGUAUAUAAUGUACGCUUUGUUUAGUGAGAUGUUUCACUCUUCCAAUGCCCUUGAAUGGUCUCACUGUGCCACAAGUAUCUGAUUAGUUUUGGGCAUUAUUAUCAUGAUUGAGAGAUGCUGCCAUUGCCUCAAUUUAUACAUGCAGUAUGAUCGGUGAAAAGACAUGACUUUAUAGACAUUUUUAUAUAUAUGUUUGUUUCUUUUUUUUAUUGUUUCAUUUGUUAGGGGUCGGCAAAAUAUGACCGACCACUCGGCAUAAUUCUUGUCCGUAUUCUAAAGAAGAAGAAUGGAUUAAAAGUGGAGUUUUUUUACUA